AUGAGAUGAGAUCAGAAUAGAACUCACCAGAAAAGAAAACCAGCCUGUGAGUGGAGAAGAAGCCUCAAACGUUGAAACCAAGCAAUCAGCAGCUUCCGUCAAAGUGGACUCAGAGCAUGCAGAAAAAAUCGAUUUACUUGAUGAAAAACUCAGAGACGUAGACAUCAGCACGAAAAUGGAAUCAGAGUUACUACAAAAUUGUUUGGAAAUCGAAAUAGAUCAGAGGCAAAAAAAUGAAGAGUAUAA